GACAAAUUCUAGUAAUUUGUGCUGUAGCAGGAGGCUUAAACAAUUCUAAUAUGAGUUUGGGUUCAACUUGUGCUGUUGUUGGCUGUCACAACAGCUCCAGAAAACUGAAAGACGAGCUAGAAACGUAUUGUUUUGCACAUCAACAACUUCGAAAGGCCUGUGUGUGCCCAGCGCGUUACGAACUGCACUCCAUGCCGAGGAAGGAGGAUCGAAAACGAGCGUGGCUGGCAGCUUUAAAACUCAAAUACCCCCCGAAGAGAGUUUAUGUUUGCUCCUUUCAUUUUAUUGAUAAAAAGCCCACAGAGCUUCACCCCGACCCGGAGCUCUAUCUGGGCUAUGACCGGGCCCCACCAAAGAAAAGAAGGCAGCUCAUCCGGACCACUGUGAGCCAGACAGCUUCCAGCAACAUCGACAAAACGGCCGAAUCUGUUCCCGAGUGCACCGUAGAUUCACCGUCAGUCAUCCCAGACCUGGCUAGCGUCUCCACACAACCUCCUGGGCCACAUCUGCACUCAGUCCACACACAGUGGGAGGACCCUUCGCUAAAAGAUCAUCAUCAAUACUGCAACACGUCUGGCAGAAAAGAUGUCCAGGACAAGACGACUCAGUGUGAUGAAGUUGCAUUUUUUCUUCUACAAAAUGACGCAGACGCUUUGCUGUACACUGGUAUAGCGUUAGAAACAUUUAACACUCUUGUGUCAGCACUGGAAGGAGAUGACAACAAUGAAUUUACAAUGCCUGUACAAGAUCAAGUCCUUAUAACACUUAUGAAAAUAAAGACUAAUCGUGUAAUGGGUGACCUAAGCCGCCAGUUUAAUAUAUCACAGAGCAUGGCUAGCAAGAUCAUUUCAUACUGGUUAGACAGACUGGAGGAAUAUUUCCGACCAUUAAUUCCGUGGCUGGCAAAAGAAACUAUUCAAGCUACUAUGCCUGCAGCCUUCAAGAAGAACUUUCCGAAUACUACAUGCAUAAUAGACUGCAGUGAGAGCCUGUUGCAGAAACCCAAAAAUCUGGGCUCAAGAGGUGAAUCAUACAGCCACUAUUAUUCACACAACACAGUCAAAUAUUUGGUAGCUGUUGCACCAUGUGGACUAAUCAUGUUUGUGUCUGCGGCAUAUGGCGGUCGAUGUAGUGACAAAUUUAUCACAAUGGACUCUGGAAUAUUAAACUACCUGAAACCUGGUGAUGAAGUCAUGGCAGAUAGAGGUUUUACAAUAAAAGAGUUGCUUUUUGAGAGAAAAGUUAGAUUAGUAAUUCCUGCUUUCACAAAAAAAAAGGGACAGCUAACUGAGGAACAGGUAACAUGCACGCGUCGGAUUGCAAAUGUUAGAAUUCAUGUUGAAAGAGCAAUCCGACGUCUGAAAGUUUACAAAAUUUUAUCUCAAACUGUUCCCAUAAACAUGGCUCCUAAAAUAGACAAGAUUUUGAGGAUAUGUGCUGCUCUAGUCAAUUUGAGAAAGGAUCUCAUCCGUGACACAGAAUAAUUUUAAUGUACAGAUAUGUAGGGAGGAAAUACCCUGAUGCAUACUCAAAAAUCCAGGUAGAAAAAUCUAAAAAAGCCAAGUCCGGUCCUCUACACAUUCAAAAAAAUGCUUUGGUUUGUUUUGCUUUUUUUGAAUGUUCAGAGGACCAGACUUAGCUUUUUUAGAUAGGGAGUAAAUAAUUUCUAGGUUUCCCUUUUUUAUAUAUUUUUAUAUAUUUUAUAUAUUCUCCACAUCAUGAAUGUUUUUGUUGAAAAGCUUACUUAAUAGUGUACAUAUGAUGCAAUCAACUGAACAAUGAUUCUUUUUUUUAUUC